GUGUGUUACAUCUCACAAUGUGUGUCAUAAUCUAUGCUUUUGUCUAUUGACUAUUGGCUGGCUCCAGAAUGUCAAGCUUGUUUGAAUUAUUUGUGGUAACUUUAAUUUUAGCUUUACCUUUUUUGUAUGAAACUAACAAAGUAUUUCGUUAUUAUUUGAAGUUUUUCGUCUACUAUGGCGUUGUGUUGGUGAAUUCUCUGCUAGUGCUGCCAAUUAUGGCAUGGCGUCCGCAAGAUGUGAAAAAUUUAAUACUGGCGUCGUCGAUGUGCAGGUUCAUCUCCGGCCUGGUCGGACUCAAGUGGGAGCUGCGUGGCCAGGACUUGCUGGAGAAGCAACAGGCAUGUGUUAUUGUGGCCAACCACCAGAGCUCUCUGGAUAUCUUAGGCAUGUUCGAGAUGUGGCCGGUGAUGGAGAAGUGCACCGUGGUGGCCAAGAAGGAGUUGUUCUACGCCUGGCCGUUCGGCCUCGCCGCAUGGCUGUGUGGCCUGAUAUUCAUAGACAGGCUGAACACGGACCAGGCGCGACAAACCAUCAACAAAGCCACCCUCAACCUCAAAGAAAAGCAAAUAAAAAUGUGGGUGUUUCCAGAGGGUACAAGACACAACACUGGGACUAUAAUGCCCUUUAAGAAAGGUGCGUUUCAUGUAGCUAUAAUGGGGCAGAUACCAGUUCUUCCUGUCGUAUUUUCUUCAUACUAUUUCCUCAACAGUGAAACAAAAGAAUUCAAUCCUGGUCGUAUAAUCGUAACAGCCCUGCCACCGAUAAGCACGAAAAGUUUAACUCCACAAGACGUUGAAAGCCUCAUGAAUCGGACAAGAGAGUGUAUGCUGGAUGUUUUCGACAAGACAUCGGCUGAAGUUUUAACAUCAACUCUACCCACUCCAAUGUACCAAUAAAACUUUUGAGGUGUUGUAAAUAUGUAGGUCGUACCGGUACCUUUUAUUUUUGAAGCCAUGUGUGUUUUAGAUUUUGACAAAGGUAAACAUAUUUUUACCUGUACGUAAGUAAAUAUUAUUUGGUAGAUUAUUGACCAAGUAUGUUGCAGUAUUUAGCACUCGCUAAACUUUUGUACUGAAAUACUAUUGUUCGUAUUGCUUUACAAGAUGAUAUUUAAGGCUGGGCACACACAGAAUCAGACGAGACACAAUACCACAUGAUGCAUCAUGACAGCUUAACACCAUAUUUCCGUUAAGUUAUUUCUUCCCAUGCUCUCGAAACAAAUUUUUGCCAUGAUACUCCUUGAAAGCUGGAUAAUAUAAAAUAGGUCUUUCCUGUAUGAAACAUACUAGUCGAUCUGCAUCCAGCUCCAUAAUGAGAUAGACCCAAUCAAAAUAGUUUACAAGUUAAUAUUUACUCAAAUUAAAGUAAUUAUAAAAAAAAACAUUUAAAUAGUGAGCUAUAAAUAAACUAUUACAGAAUAAAUAAGGGUAUGCACACUUCGACAUGGCUUAAUUGGCAAAUUUUUUAUACUUUCACAAGUGCAGGAUACUGCAGCCAUCAGACAGCCUGCUCAAAAUGAAGUUGGGGCCAUCAUUUGAUGUUGUCAGCUCGUUUCUGAUCGCAUCUCAUUCUGUGUGCAUUGCUUGUUUAUAGGUACACUGAGGACAACUACUAUCUGACAAAAUGUCCUAACGUUUCGUGCCUCAUUUUGUGUGUGCCCGGCAUGUUUAUGUUAUGCUUUUUGCCCUUUAUUUAAGUAUCUUCAAUGUUUUACUAAUUAAGCAUUACAUUUUAUUGCUGCUGAGAGACUAGGUGUGUGUAAGCACAGUAGAGCUAUUUAUGUGUACAGGAAGAGAUGAAGAUAACAAAAUAUAUGUUCUUGAUACUCAAAGUGUAUCAUCAUUACAAAGUACCUCAUUUUAAUGAUUUCUCAUUUUAAAGUUUAUAUUUUCAGAUCUCUACAAGAAUUUUACAUUUAUCAACAGUUCUUCGUAAAGUAUUUUUAUUAUUAUCGAAACUUUGGGUUUCUUCAGGUACAUUGUAAGAAUGUUUCACUGUAAUAGAUACAUAUUUCAAAAAGUAGGUAUGUGCGUUACGAUUUAGUACUAGGAGUGUAGUUUAGAUUUUACGUUACCUGUUAAUAUUAAUUUAUAAAUAUUACUUAUAUCUUGUACCUGUACAAAAUUUAAUUUUUUGAGAUCUCUGGAUACAUUUGGAAUAUUUCAAAUACAUACAUUUUUUUUUUUUUUAACAAAAACUGCAAUUGAACAGUAUCUACCAAGAACAGAGGGGCAUAAAAUCUUGCCUGAUGUAAUAGCUAAUGAAAAUUUUAAAGAGGAGGAUACAUAUCACCAGUUUAUUUAAUUUUUAUUCAUUUUUGUAAGUAUGCUUAAGUUUCAUGUUCAUAUUUCAAAAUUUUGAGUUUUGAAGCGAUUUUAUUUUUGAAUUAGCCUAUGUAUGAUUUUUCAGUAUUAUAUUUUUACUAAAAAGUUAGGAAUCUGGUCGUGACAGUAUUGUGUUCUAAACAUUUUUUUGCAGUAAUUUGUAAUUAAUAGUUAUAGCCAAUCUUUACCCUUAUUCAAGUUUCAGGUUAUUUUUAUUUAUUUUUUAUAAAUUAUUGCUUCCAGAAUUUGACAUAUAGCUUGACUAAAACCAUAUUGCCUCUGGCCCAUGAAACACUAGAGCUCACUUACAACAAAGUGGAGUUAUGGGGUUGAAACUAUUUAAUAUUUGCAGCUACAUAGCAGUUGAGGUGUUGCAGAAGACUGCAAAACAGAGGAGAUUGAUCCAUAGUCCUGUCUCUUGCUAAGAGGCUAUUUUAUAUUUUAAUCGUGGAAUUGUUAACUUUUGUGGAAGACUUGUUGAGCAUCAUACUGUUACGAAGAUCCUUCGACCUUAGAUUUCCUACUCCAAGAAAGAGGAAGUCUGAUCACUAGAUUAUCCAGGUCAUAGACAUUUAAUUUCAGUUAUAUUUUUAAUUUGUGUUAUUUAUUUUAAAAGUUUUCACCCAGCUUUACGUUCAGACUUUAUGCCCACAAUGCUUAGUUCAUUCAGCUAAGCUUGACAAUUUCAAAUUCUUGAUAAAAUAUUUCAUUCUGUCAACAAAAUGUGUGACUACUUAUUCAGUUUUUUUUUUCUUUUUUUUUUUCUUUCCCAUUUGGAGUAGGUGUUAUUUCAGGCUGUUUUUAAGUUAAAUGGUUUUCGGUAGUCAACAACACAAACAAUUUGUUGGGAGUUUCCAAGUGUUCAAAUAGGCCGGACUGUGCUAGCUCAUGAUUUCAAUGUUACCAUGUUAGUAACUUGUAUUUUGAAUGCAGUUAGAAUUCAGUAAAAGGGUAGCUGUUAUUUUUGUCAGUUGGUCAUAUAAAAUUCCACAGAAUCUUAGUAAAUUUCCAAUGUUUGUAAUUGGUUUGCAUCAGAAUAAGAGAGAACAUGAUAUCAAUUCCCCCCCCCCCCCCCCCCCCCCCCCCCCCCCCAUCAUUUUAGAAACGUUUUCUUGCUCGACACAAGCCUGCAUCUCACUAGCAUCAUGACGGUGCUUUUUGUGUGUACGGCGAAAGGAUAGUGAAUUAGGUCUGAAGGCUUGGUCUUAAAGCCAUUUUUUUUUAUCAUUAUUACUAUUAUUUUAGGGGUAUUUCUGUAAAUUUUGCACCAUUACUCUUGCAUUUUUGUAAGUUAAAUAUAUUCAAGUGAUAUUUACAAAAUGUUUAGCAAUGGGUGUAAAAUGUUGCAUAGUGCAGAUUUUUCCAUGACAAAAGUAACAUUUAGUAAGUAUCUUUUGACGGACUUGCCACCAAACAACGAAUCCAUUAAACAAAAUUUACAGAAACAGCCCCUAGAGCAAAUUAAUGCCAUCAAAAUCAAACUGUUUACUUUCCAUCUGAGAUCGAGCCUCAAGAAGGGCUCCCGAGAAGUUAAUUCAAGUGUUAGCGAGCAGUGCAUAACAGCAUAGACAUAAUGCUUAGUCCGCCCUGCUGUCGUGGCACAGAGUAGUGUGGGUGAGUGGUGGGUUGAGGGAGGGGAGAAAUAGGUCACUGACGCUGAGACUGGUACCGGAGUGAGUUGAUCUGCCAGGCUGGCACUUGGUGCUUGAGGUAGCUUGCAGCUGGCUUCGUCUAGGCGAGGCUGAACAAAGACGGGAUCUCCCUUGUAGGAUGAAAAAUUCCCCAAUCACAACACAAGAGUGUAGGGUCGAUAGUAAUUGCCAUAGCAUUCUAACCACCGCCCCUUCCUGUUCUUGGUAGGAAAAAGUUAACAGCAAGUAAUACCAAAGAGCAAUACAUCACAGUAUUAAUGUUUUUUUAUACACAUGCUUUUGUAAGCUCUCUUCAUUUUUUGUGAAGUUAAUGUACAGGUGUCAAUGUUUGAUCUCAUUUUUUAUAUCCAUGAUGUUCAUAAUUAGUAUAUAUGUUUUAGACAUUUAUAUUUAGACCAAAGAUAUUAGUUUUAAAUGUCAUUAAUUUGUAAAAUGAAUAUUUUAAGUAUUAUAAGACAUGAAAAAAUUGCUGUAAAAUUUUAGUUUGUAAUAAAUGUUCCUUUAAAUGUAUGCCAUUUUAUGUUAUAAGAUUUAAAGUGUGGAAAAAUGUUAAAUAGACUUUGUCAUUACCAACCAUAACCUGAUGGAUAAUUUUACAUGAUAUUUGAAUAAUCAUAAGAUUACUUGAAGUUCCUUCAACUACAAUAAGGAUUACAUAUUCAUAAGAUCUGUGACUGACCUUGCCUGAUGUCUGUUGGAUUAUGAACCAUGCAAAGAGGCUGUUUCAUGAAGUUUUAAAUACAGUAGAACCCUGUUAUAAAAUUUUUCAAGGGGACAAUAGGAAAAAUCACUAUAAGCAGGAAAUGCGUAAUACGUGAAAAGUUAUACACAGUAUGUGAAUACAUCGUUCUUAUGGAGAAAAUUCUGAAACUUUAAAAAAAUGUGAUGUUAUAAUUAGGACAACAAUUAUAAGCAGUAAUUUUAUAACAGGGUUCUAUGUACUUUAAUGAAGUUUUUUCAUUGUUUGGUUUUAUACAGUUGAACAACUGUUCCUUUUCCAUUAAAAUGUUCCUAGACUAUGUACAUAGUUGUAUGUUCGACAAACAAAUUCCUAGUUUCAAUCUUGGUGAGGUAUUUAUUUCAGUGCAAGUAAUGUUUGGUGGUACUUUGUGCAAAAUUUACAAUCUAAAAAACAAUGCAUAUCUGCAAAUCACUGUUGUAAUUCGCUAGAUUCCGACUGCCUGGCUGGUUCUCAGCCGGCUAGCCUCGAUAACUCCUCCGACUCCCGGACAGCUUGAGGGUGAAUCAGAGGCCAAAUCCGUUAUAAGGGCUGCGCCUUCAUUUACAUGAAAUUCUAACACAUACAUCAAAAUUUACCCACGACCAGUCUUCUCCCAGUUCUUUCAAUUCAAAAGGAUGUACAAGUUUAGGAGACGGUACCCUACAUGCCUCCCUACCACACCUCGAGCUCGCAGCAGUGUCUCGGCGGUUGGUCACCAGAGGUCGAACAAGCCCCGUCUCUGUGACCUCGGGUCCGCAGCAGUGUCGACGAUUUCCUGGUUCAUUGCCCCGUGUCGCUGACGAUGCUGCUGAUUCAGCAUGCCUCUACCCACCGGUCAUUAACACUUCUCUGGGGCUAAAUAAACGGCCGUCCUUGGCUAAUGUCUUGAAGUCGGAUGUAGAAACAGGUCAGGGAGGAGCUGGUAGUUUAUAAGUAGACUAGGGAGACAGCAAAGAGCACUGUUACCAGGACUCGUGAUGCCAUGAACCUAGGGUUACACCAUAGAUGUCUUCGUGCGUGCCUGCCUGACCAUGCUACCCUUCCCUUUCUUCCUCACAGUAGCUAAUGCAGUGCACUCUGUCUUAAAGUAGUGUGAUACGCGUGGACCUGACCUAACCACUAAAAAUACUAUGUACUAGUAACACAGCAUCCAAUAACUUAAGAAAAAUAUAGUCGGUGCAGUGUCUAUCAAUCUGUUACUGGUCGAGAUAGGCGUGUGAAGGGUUGUCCUUCACCCCAGCCAAUUGGAUACUGCUUUCACAAGGGGAGAUGGAUGUUAGGAGGGUUCCCACUUUCUGGACACUAUGCCAACCAUUCACUAUACAGGACAUUUACUCAGAAAGCAGUACAGUUACACAAGCCUAUAAUAUGCACAUUGUAAAUUGGAAACCAACAAAAAUUACACAAUUAUGCUUCAUGCAUCACAAAAUGCUUGACUCGAAUGUGUCACACAGUAUGUCAUACAUUAGUAAAGCAGAAAGCAUAUUUUAAAAAUGAUUUUAGGUAUCUGAAAUCUACUUUUUUUUUUUGCUAGAGUACCGAUUUGAAUAGUUACUUCUUGUAUCUGUGUAUCUUUUAUUAUCUGUUUAAAUAGUGAGACCGCUAUUUGUUUAUUAAAAAUGUUAAAUACAAAUGUUUUUUUUAACUGAUUUUGUGUGUAUUUUUUUGUACUUGGUGUGACAUUUAAAAAUUCUGUAUUGUUAUUUUUGCCGUAGUUAAAUAUUUAUUACAAAAUUUUAGAAUAUAUAAACAAUAACACUAAGUUAAGUUGUUUUUUUCAUCUAUGUUAUUACACCCCAGACCACUUUGGCUUGCUCAAAAUUCGGUCUGAAGUGGAUAUACAUAAACACUUGCAAAAAAAAAAUUAUUUUGGUGCUGAAAAUUGUUGAAGUUCCAGAAUAAAUGUUACAAUCGUCGAUUCAUGUAUUGGAAUAAUGUCUCGGAUACCAAACUGAAUUUAUGGUAUUUUUAUUGAUACUUCAAAAAAUUCACAGUCAUUGUAUCAGCCAUCUUGCAACCACACAAAGAAGUACA